UGUCAUCUUUCUUUUUCCAAGCUUUUCAGAAGGUGGCAGCUGAGAUUUCACUACAGAGCCAUUAAACCCUUGAAAAAAAUGACAGAAAGUGGUGGGCAGGAAGAGUCAAGAUGGAUAACAACAGUUAUUAUGAGUACAGCUCUUCAGAAUCAUGAAAUUUCUACGAUUCUCCAGAGGCAACAACACCGAGUUCGAUAUUCAGAAUCGGUGGAAAAUGGAUCCGUGAUUUUUUCUCUUUCUGGAACUUCUUCAAUAGGUGUUGCGUUUAUACUGGCAGACACUCAAGCCUUGCUUAUGGCAGGGGAAGAACAGUUUUUCAGAAGAAUUCAGAAGUUCAUAAACAUUCAUCGGAACAGUUUUUUGGUUUUGUCGGCUGCUCUUCAUGGACCAGAAGAAUGGAAUGUCAUGUUUAGGAUUCAGAGAAGAUUCCUGGGCAGUAAUUUACGUGUAAUACCAGUUCAUAAUACUGCUGAAACUGUGAAGUUAAUGCUAACUAUAGCUAAGGUAACUUCCAAGCCACAAGCAGAUGAUGCUCGUUACCAAAUGGCAGUGACAAAAGCGCAAAUAAUAGAAAACAGUCCAGUUUGGAAGAUGCACCAGGAGUACCAGUUGCACUGUAAUUAAUUUAGUAUUUUGGGGUUUUAUUCAUAAAUAGAGUGGCUACAUUUUAAACAAAAUAUAGCAUGUUCUUAAAAAUAUGGUUACAUUUCAAAAGACUGUAUGUACAACUUGUGCAUUUGGAAUGAAAGUUUAUAUUAAAUAACUAUACAGAGAAAAAUAGCAUACAUUAUACCAAAUGUGCAUUCUAAGAAA